AACCCCCCACCAGACCGUAUCAUGCGUCCCAUCCACAGUAGCGGCCCGGUCGAAGACAUUGAGAUCUCAGAUAUCCAAUGCGGUGGCUACGCAAAGGGGGGCAUGGUCGGAAGUAGACCGGCGAAUCUCACAGCUGGGCCUGUAGCAGCUGGUGAGAUCGUGAGAAUGUUCUGGGACUUGUGGCCUGAUAGUCAUGUCGGGCCGGCUCUAGAUUAUAUGGCGAGGUGUGCGAAUGAUGAUUGUAAAACUUUCAUGCCAGGUACCGAGUAGGUGAAAAUCCUUUCAAUGAGAAGCGCCAGAGAGUGGCAUGAGUUGGUAUAGAGAGGAGAGAAGAAGCUGAUUGUGUAUAGUGCUGUCUGGUUCAAGAUCAAGCACGCUGGAAGAGGAGGUACCUCGAACGUCUGGACAGAUGUUACUCCUUUGAUGAAGCCUGGUGGUGUUUACGAAUACACCAUCCCCCCUUGUCUUCAAGCAGGCUCAUAUCUCGUCCGUCACGGUAUGUGUUCCCAAAAGUUCCGUAUUUUCACUCUAGCGGAGAAGGUUGAGCCUCUUCCAGCCAGGCGCAAUCUCGCAUGCCUCUCUAAACUCGAAAGAAAAAAGUAACGCAUUCGUAGCACAGAAUAAGCACACUGACCGUGACCAUCUAUAGAACUUAUCGCUCUCUUCGGCGCAGAGAAAUACCCAGGCGCUCAAUUCUACCCUUCCUGCCACCAAAUCCAGGUCACCGGGGGAGGAAGUAGCACGGGACCCGCGAAAAGGUCAGCUUUCCGGGCGCGUACAAGCCUACGGACCCGGGAGUUGUCUUCAAACAACCUGAUGGUAUUCCCAGGGAAUACACGAUUCCAGGACCACCGGUGUUUUCGUGUGAUGGCACCUCCACAGAGGCGAAGCCAGCAACGACACCAGCAACGACACCAGCGACGAAGCCAGUGACGAAGCCAGUGACAAAUGCUACUGAGGAUGAUAGCUGUGAUGCCUAAGUGAGACUUUUAGGACAGAUGGGUUUAUAUACUUGUAGGGG